GACUUGUCCCUCUUUUCAAUUGUGUUGCUAAAUUCAAUUUACCUGUAUGUUCUUUUUUCUCGUUUUGAAAUGGAUGGCAUUGGAAGUUUCGAAGUCAGGUGGAUACGAGGUUUUACAAACAAGAGUAUCGAGUUUGUUGACAAUAAAACAGUAUGUCACAAAUGUGGAGAUAAUAUCUGUUUCCUUAACCUGGAGACAAAAAAGCAAAAUGUGUUUCAGAGUCCUGGAAAAGGAAUUGGUGCAUUGGCAGUCAAUGGCAACACUCGAAUGUUUGCUUUCUCCGAGGAGAAGCUAUCGCCAUCGAUAUUUGUGUAUAUUUUCCCUGAGUUACAGUUAAAAAAUGAACUUAAAGGCUCAGCACAACUAGAUUUCACAUCUCUCUCAUUAAGCACCGAUGGUCCUUAUUUGGCUUGUUGUUCAUCUCUGCCCGAUUACACCAUCACAGUUUGGAACUGGGAAAACGCCGAGCCAAUUUGUACAAAACCGCACGCCGGGCAGGAUGUCAAUUCUUUGAUGUUCAACCCUCUCAGUUGGCACCAGCUCUGUGCUUUGGGCAAAUGCUCCCUCACUGUCUGGAAUAUUGAGAAGAGCGCCAACAUUCAUCUGAUGAAACCAAGUGUAAUAGAGCUUCCAGCAAAUGAUGGUUCGUAUGUUGAGAGAUUGGUGCCCACUUCUCAUACUGUCACCGAAAUACUCCCCAACUACGGCCUCGAGAUGCCUCUAUCGGCCAUCUCAGGGCUCAUGGGAGAGAAGGCAGAAAGCAUUCUGACUAAACUCUGCACCAAAGCCAGACUAACUCCUAGUGCCAUCGGCUGGACACCCACAUCCGAGCUUUAUGUGGGCUGUGUGGAAGGCUUUCUGCUCCGCGUUGAUCCAGAGAGCCUCUCUGUCUCAGUCAUCUUCAACCCUACAACUGCUGAUGCCGUCCCUGAACUUAGAAACAACAACUUUCAAAGUUUAUCCCUUAACCAGAAUGGCUUCAUUGCUGUAGGAAAGGAGAGUACGGUGCACUGCGUGCAAGUCAAAGGGACCCAGAUCAACAUCACACAAACGUGGCAAUUAGAAGAACCUGUCACAACAGUGAUGUACUCGCCUGACUGUAAAACAUUACUUUUUACAUCUAAUACGGGUCAAAUCUAUGUGUCAAACCCAACCCAGUCUGACGUCAUUGUGAAGCUCCUGGAUGUUCUCAACGGCGACUUUGUGGUGGCAGCUGUGUCGCACACUGACCUAAACAUCUGUGUGUCGGUGAGGGAUUCUGGAGUACUGCAGCUGUGGUCUACAGAUGGCAUUUGUCUUGGUUCCCUGUCUCUUCAAGCUGAGGUGACAAGUCUGGCCUGCUGUCCUAUUGCACAAUACGCAGCUGUUGGAACGGCUUCGGGUAUUGUCCUCUACAUUGACCUGAACAGGGAGCAGCAACCUCGCCUGGUGCACCGGGUUCAUCUACACCACACUCCUGUGGAUCACCUAGUUUUUGAUCAAGAGGGGCACUACCUUCUCACAGGUGCCUCAGAUUCAUAUAUCUAUGCACUAGACGCAAAGCCAUCAAAGAAGUUUUCCGUCAUAGGAUACACAGUGGUUCACGGACCCAUUUUGUCGCUUUCCGUUCAGUGCAUCAGGGACAGCGCACAAGUGAAGGUUCUUGCACAGUGCUCUGGACAGCAGCUCACAGUGCUCUCUUUGCCUACCAGGGACCUUUCAGGUCCGGAUUGUGUAGACCGACAUGGUUGUCUGUCUACACUCGUCCUUAAAGCGUCCACAUACGAAGUUCCUGACCCACUUGAUUCUUGUGUUCUGGGAGUCAGCGAAGUCUUUGCCUACUGCCAAAAGAGGAGAACCCUUCAGCGAUUUGAGCUUCCUCAGAACACAGAUGACCUCUCCAGUCAACAGGUGGUCCAGCUCAAACCAGAGCAGGAAGUGAGGGGUCACCCUGUGGGCCCCGCCUCUCUCUUUCUGUCUCCUCAUCGGUUGUGGCUGGCUUCUGUGGGCCGAGACGGCCUCCUACUCAUCCGAGAAACCGCUUCCAUGGAGCGGCACAUAGAACUGCAAUGUCAUUCACGGCGCCUGGGUGGAGUUCGGAGCGUGUCCUUCUCUGCAGACAGCCAGACAGUCCUCACCGCUGGCUUGAAAGAUUGCUCUCUUGUGUGCACCGAUAUCAGAACUAACAGCACGGGUGCUGGUAAGAUGAAGGAAGCUACUAGGUACAGUCAGUCUAUGAGGCGUGUGCUGAAGAACAUUUUCAAUACUGAGAAUCCCGUCCUCAUUGAUUUGCCUGAGUGGAGUCAAGCGUCUCCUGCUGGCACAGUAAAACCAGAGGAAAGUGAGGUCAGUGGUGGAGGGCAUUCUGUGGACGUGACGGAGCAGGAUGAGAGUUAUAACAGCCUGCCGUCUGCACCACCUUCACACCCGACCUGGCUGGAAAGCAGGCGAGAGGCGAUUAUAAAUGAAGACAAUGAACAAUAUUCCGAGACAAAGAAAAACCUGAAGAGAACCAUCAUAGAGUUACGUCACGAUAUCCGGGAGAUGAUGCACGAAAAUGAGCAGCUCCCAGAGAUUGAGCGUCUGGAACAAGAAGAGUUCAACCUGGAUGUUGAGGAGCAGAGGAGUCUGGAGGCGAUGGUGGAGCAGGAAGUUACUCGGGUGAGAAAUGAAAUCGAAUUGGAGAUUUUAGCAAAAUGUUACCUAAGGGAUGUCCUGAGAAGAGAAUGCUGGGAGUCCUUGAAGAUCAAAGGCAAGGCCAUCAAGGCCUUUCAUUCAGAACAACAGGUGAAGAACUAUCCUCUGAAAGAACCAACAGUCAAAGAGGUGGAGGACCUACAGCGGGUCCACCACAUGAGGAAGAUGGAAAUAGCUGCUUCAACCGUAACCUCAACUGGUCCACAGCAGAGCAAGCUGAAUAAAAGUUCCAACACAACCAGUGUGAAGGAGGAAGAGCAGGGCGAGGAAGGCCCGGAGGCUGAGAGCGCUGCUGUAACGGGACGUUUCUCCGCUGAAUUAAUAGGUUCCAAUCCUUACAUUUACGAUCAAUUCUGCCUGAAAACCACAGAGCAGAAGAUUAACCAGAUAAUUCUGCUACAGGAUGUGAUUCGUCACAUCAAGACAGCGUUCAACAUAGACUUUGAGGCCGUGUACAGGCAGAAGGUGCAGGAGCUGAACCAUGUGAAGGAAAGGAACAGACACAUCACGGCGAUCAUGCUGGAGCUGAACAUGAGGGAGAAGCUGUGGGAGCCCGGCCUGACCCUCAGCGAGCAACCGGAGAGGCUGCUCACCGUGGACCACUCUGAGAUAAAAGCAGAAAGGUACCUCAGCCCAGAAGAGAAAAAGGAGGAGGAGAGGAAGAAGUUGGAAGAGCAGAAGCGUUCGGGUGCCAAAGGGGAUACUAUCAGAGACAGGGCUCUUGAUGACAUGAUGGACGGAGUCAUUGAAGUGAAAAAAGACGACAUCUUAAAAAUGGAAAUACCUGCGCCUGGGUUUGUUUUUACCAAACCUGACAAAGAUUGGAGCGAGGAGGAGAAAAAGGUCUAUAAAGAGUACGAAAAAAAAACCACGGACCUCAGUGAGGAGAAGGAGAAAUACAAAAAGUCCAUCGAAACUGAAAUGAGAAAACUACAGGCAUCCAGCAUGGAUGCUACCAAGAGGUUUGAUGAAACUUUGUCAAAGCUGUUUGAGAAGAAAGUGAAAUGUGAAAUGGCUAUUUAUCAGGAAGAGCUCAAGGUUACUUAUCUUGUGUAUUCAGUCCUCGAAGAAGACGAGAUAAGAAAUCGAGACCUGGAGCUCAAGCUCAAACUUGAAAAAAUAUUGGCAUUCAAGCAGGUGACUGGACGGGAAGUAAAGAGACACGAGGAAGAACUUGAAUUUUUCCAAGAGUCCUAUGAAAGCACCGUAGCUGAGGACAAAGUUCUUGACAAAGACUUCAGGAAGGAGUUCUUUGAUGUGCGAAGCCAUUUGGUCGAUGCCCUUUAUAAGUUAUUCAAGAGUAGAACCAGGGUUCAGAAAAUGAGGACCCAGACGGAGAACAGCUCCACCCUGUUUAAAGAGCAGCGCCUGUGCGGUUCUCAGGCGCCCGACGCGCUGAGCAAAAUGUUGAAGGCCAUGGAGGAGCUUGACGCUCCGGAGAAUAUACCAGUAGGAGUCAGCCCACAAAUCUGGGAGAAGUUCUGUCUUGUCCGCAGAGUAAAAGUAGAGAGUGAGCAAAAGGUAAAAGUUAAAGCUCUGACUCUUGCUGAGAUGCACGCUUUCCUUCAGAAGAGGAGGGAGGAGGACAGCAGCGCUCAACAGGAAUUAAAAAAUCUCUCUGCCGAACUUCAAUGUCUGCAUAGAGAUAAGCAACGUUACCUAGAGGACAUCGUGGUCCAUCUCCUGCUCAUACAGGGCCAGGUGGAGGUUUCUACAACAGGCCUGACUGCAGAUUACACCAACUCAGUACUUUCCAUCAGGCGUGAGCUGGAGAAACUCAACAGAACCAUCCGGACCCUGGGGGAGCAGAAGAUAGCCAUCAUGGUGGAGUACAAAGACUUCCGUAAGGGCAUCAUCAAGCUGCAGUGGGAGCACAGGAUGAAGAGGAUGCAGAUAGAGCACCUCAAUACCAAGGCGAGGGACAUCCAGAUGUUACGACUCUUGGAAGAGCAACAGGAUUACCUCAACAAGACAGGUCGAGACAGCCGGGUGUCCAAGCAAGUUUCUAUCCUGGAGAAAACUUUAGCUUUUCAGGAAAAGACUCAUCUAAAAAGUGUGAAGUGGCGCAUGAAAAAUAUUGAACAGCUCAACAGGCAGGCGGCAGAGAAAGCCAAGGAGAACGCAACUGUUCAACAACAGCUACCUGACAUGCAGGUGACUGUGGCAGAGAGGACGCACAUCUAUGAAGCCAUAGCUUCAGAGGAUAAUCAUGCAGCUAAAACAGAGGAGCGCUACCAGGAAAUCCUUCUGAGGAGUAAGCUGGAGGAAUGUGCCAGAGCGCAGGCGGAAGAGCUAGCCUCCCUCUGGGCCGAGGUCGAGCGUCUGAGGAUGAAGAACUUUCCCUCACUGGAUCAGCUGAAACACGACUGAGCAAGGCCUUCUGUUCGACAAACAACACUUGUUUACACUUCUCUCAACAAGUAAACUGGUGUAACGGCAACAAAUAAACAGUUAACUCUGAUGCGAUGGUUUCAGAGCGUACUUUAAAAAAAAAAAUGUUUAGGUAGUAAAG